UCCAGAACUUCCGUGUUGACAGUCGGAGCGUCCGGACUGCAGGAGCGGAUUUACUCGAUUGGAUUUUUAUUUAUUUAUCUAUAUAUAUAUAUUUUAACGAUCCCACGAAAGAUGUAGCUACCCACCGGAACAGAGGUCCGCCAAAGAAGCACGAGGGGUCACUGCUCCUAUGUCCCUGACCGGUUAGAAAGGAGACCGCCAUCUUUACAAACAGAUACGUCUUUGGGGUUUUGUUCCUGUCCAGAAAAGAGUUGUGACCUCUUCCUGACACAACCUCACCACCUUCAGCUUUUACAUUUUAACCUGGGAUCAAACAAAGACAUCAGUGAUGAUGAGACCACAAGCACGGAGAGCCAUUUGCUGCCUGAAGUUCAGAGUUAUCUACCUCCUCUUGACUUUGAAUGUCAUAAUUCUGCUGCUGUAUGGAGACAAUUAUUUAAGAACACGUGAGGUAACCAAGGUAAAAUCCACCACCAGUAUUGCUAAAACCAGCUGCUCCUUCCAUUCACUAUCACCAAAGGAGGCUCAAGUGGCAAAUUUCCUGAAACACUCAAUCGCCUGGCCCGAAACCCUUUCUUUGCCCCCUCACCUCCUCUUGAAUGACACCAGUGAUCCCGCUCAGAGUACCUUCACCAUUCUCCCACACGAACGGGGAAGUUGGUCUAUAGGGGACCAGCUGGAGGUUUUGAUAAAAGUGUCCGACUUCUAUGGUCGGCCCAAAACAUCCGGCGGAGACUUCCUGCUUGCUCGGCUGCACAACCCUACUCUUAACGCAGGUGUGGCAGGGCGAGUUUUCGAUCAUCGCAAUGGUUCCUACACUGCUGUGUUCUCUUUACUAUGGGAAGGAAGCGCACACGUUGAGGUGACUUUGGUCCACCCCAGUGAGGGAAUCACCGUGCUGGAAAAACUGACCCGAGAGCAACCUGACAGAAUCUAUUUCCGCAGUUUUUUCCGUUUGGGUUCAGUGUAUAAAAUCACAAACUGCAACAUAUGCCUCAAUUCAAGUCGGAGGCUGUGCAACUACACUGAUCCCAGCACAGGCGAGCCCUGGUUCUGCUACAAGCCAAAGAAUUUGAGCUGUGAUGCCAGGAUCACCCACGCUAAAGGAGGACUCAGAGUUUAUCUCAGGCCAAUGGAGGAAAAGCUCUUUCAAAGUGGUGUCAACUUGAAGGUCUCCAUUCCAGCUUCAGGACCUGCACACAUCCAAGUUCUGAGUCAAUUUGAUUACUUUUACAGAUCAGAUUUCAACUUCCCUUGGGUCUUUCCUGGUGUAACAAAGAAAACUAUGCAGUCUAGCCCCUCUGGUUAUUACUACCAAGGUGCUUGGCGGUCACUAGAUGGCACCACAGUUCACCAGUUUAACACCAUCACAGCAAUCAGCCAGUGUCUGAAAAACAAAGCAGUCCACCUGUAUGGAGACUCCACCAUUAGGCAGUGGUUUGAAUAUUUAAACCAAUCACUACCAGAUCUCAAGGAGUUUGACCUGCACAGUUCCAACCAAACCGGACCGUUCCUGGCUUUGGAUUAUGCAAACAACAUUUUAUUGACGUUCCGCAGCCAUGGCCCUCCUAUCCGUUUUCGCGUCAUUCCUGUCAGUCAUCUACAUUAUAUUGCCAAUGAACUGGACCGUGUAGUUGGGGGAGCCAAUACAGUUGUAGUUAUUGGCAUCUGGUCCCACUUCAGCACUUUCCCCAUUGAGGUCUACAUCCGACGUCUGCUGAACAUUCGGAAAGCGGUGGUGCGGCUGUUGAGCAGGUCUCCAGAUACUCUUGUCAUCAUCAGGACCGCGAACCCCAAAGCGUUGACACUAUACGAGACAUUGACCAACAGCGACUGGUUUUCGCUACAACGUGAUGAGGUCCUCAGGGCAAUAUUCAAAAGAGUAAGAGUCAAACUAGUGGACGCCUGGGAGAUGUCUGUAGCCCACCACCUGCCGCACAGCCUCCACCCACAACCUCCUAUAAUUAAGAACAUGAUAGAUGUUGUUUUAUCUUACAUAUGCCCCAAAACAGAGAAUUUAUAAAGAACUGAGGGAGUUUGGACUUUCUUGAAUGUGUUUUCUAUUGUCUUCUGUGGUGAACAUUGUCUGUGAACAGAUACAGUUCUAUGACAAAACAUUUCCCAAGUGUACUAAUAAAAUCUAACUGAAGUCACUAUUAACAAUAUUACCUUAAAUUGAAGUCACACUGAAGUAAUGGUAAUUAAAAUGUCCAUAACCAUCAGAAAUCUUUUGAAUUUCUACAUUUAAUUUCACUUAUUAAGUUAUUGACGCUGAGGCAAUACGUUAAAAGGUUGAAUAUAAAAUUCUAGAAACUUCACAGUUUCUGCAGUUUUGCUCAUAAAUUUACAGGCAUUCAUUGUGGGUACAAAUGCCACAUUAAUAUAAGACAUUUUAUGAUUUGACUCAAGUUUUUUGGGGGGCUGUUACGAUCACACAACUGUUAUUUUUGGCAAAGACUGUUUGCACAAUUUUAAACAAUUUGUAGAUUUCUUUUCUAAUCUGGGCUGUAAAGUGGUGGAGUUGUUAGCUCUGUUGUCUCACAGCAAGAAGGACUUGGGUUUAAUUCUGACCUGCGGUCUUUCUACACAGUUCAUGUUCUCACUAUGCAUCGAGGGGACUUUCCAGGUCAAAAGUAUAUAAAAAUAAUGUUAGG